AUGGCUUCAAUUCCUCCACCACCGCCUCCAGGAUGGGGCGCGGGCCCCCCUCCACCACCUGGAAUGGCUCCUCCACCGCCAGGAUACCGUCCGCCUUCCGAUCCUCAGGUCGCUAAGUUCGCCCAGAAGAAGAAGGAAUGGCUACGGACCCAAAGAAAUCGUUAUGGUGAAAAGCGGAAAGGAGGGUUUGUAGAAACCCAAAAAGCAGACAUGCCACCGGAGCAUUUACGAAAGAUUGUCAAGGAUAUUGGUGAUGUUAGUCAAAAGAAGUUCAGCAGUGACAAGCGAAGUUAUCUUGGUGCAUUGAAAUAUAUGCCCCAUGCUGUUCUGAAGCUACUUGAAAAUAUGCCAAUGCCGUGGGAGAGUGCUAGAGAGGUCAAGGUCCUCUACCACGUCAAUGGUUGUCUGACGCUAGUCAACGAAACUCCUCGAGUUAUCGAGCCGGUAUUUCAUGCGCAAUGGGCUACUAUGUGGGUCUCAAUGCGACGGGAAAAGAGUGAUCGCAGACACUUCAAACGUAUGAGAUUUCCACCAUUCGAUGAUGAAGAGCCUCCCCUAUCCUGGUCAGAGAACAUUGAGGAUGUUGAACCGUUGGAGCCAAUUCAGAUGGAACUGGAUGAGGGUGAAGAUGCGCCUGUUCUUGAGUGGUUUUACGAGCAUCGACCAUUAUUGGAUACGCCGCAUGUCAAUGGUCCAAGUUAUCGGACCUGGAACCUCACUCUUCCUCAGAUGGCUACCCUGUACAACUUAUCGCACAGACUUCUGAGUGAUGUGGUUGACAAGAACUACUUCCACAUGUUCGACAGACAGAGUUUCUUUACCGCCAAGGCUCUGAACGUUGCCAUUCCUGGUGGCCCUCGAUUUGAACCGCUCUACAAGGACAUUGAUCCAAAUGAUGAGGAUUUCGGUGAAUUCAAUGCUAUUGAUCGCAUCAUCUUCCGCGCACCAAUCCGAACAGAAUACAGAGUGGCUUUCCCAUAUCUGUACAACUCGCUACCAAGAAGUGUCAAAAUUUCCUGGUAUUCCCACCCACAAGUUGUCUAUGCCCGGACAGAAGAUCCAAAUCUGCCCGCAUUCUACUUCGACCCUGUAAUCAAUCCUAUUUCGUCCAGGUCUGUUGCGCCAAAGAAUAUUACAAUCAGUCACGAAGACGAGAUCUUCGGAGCUGGAAAUGAUGAAGACGACGAAUUUGAGCUGCCUGGAAAUGUCGAACCUUUCCUCGCCGAUGAGGAGUUAUACACAAGUGAAACGGCAUCGGCAAUUUCACUAUGGUGGGCGCCAUUCCCAUUCGAUCGAAGAUCUGGCAAAAUGGUUCGUGCUCAAGAUGUUCCACUCGUCAAGCAAUGGUAUCUUGAACACUGCCCGACUGGACAGCCGGUAAAAGUCCGUGUCUCAUACCAAAAGCUAUUGAAGAGUUUCGUCCUCAACGAGCUACACAAGAAGAAGCCCAAGGCUCAAAGCAAACAAGAUCUCCUCAAGACUCUCAAGUCGACCAAAUUCUUUCAACAAACCACUAUCGACUGGGUUGAGGCUGGUCUUCAGGUUUGCCGACAAGGUUUCAACAUGCUCAAUCUUCUGAUCCACCGGAAGAACUUGACAUACCUGCACUUGGAUUACAAUUUCAAUCUCAAGCCUGUCAAAACAUUGACGACGAAAGAGCGGAAGAAGUCCAGAUUCGGCAAUGCUUUCCACUUGAUGCGAGAAAUCCUCAGACUUACCAAGCUGAUUGUCGAUGCUCAAGUACAAUACAGACUGGGCAACAUUGACGCCUUCCAGCUUGCAGAUGGUAUUCUUUACGCCUUCAACCAUGUUGGUCAGUUGACUGGAAUGUACCGAUACAAGUACAAACUUAUGCAUCAGAUCCGAUCCUGCAAGGAUCUCAAGCAUCUUAUCUACUAUCGAUUCAAUUCCGGACCUGUUGGCAAGGGUCCUGGCUGUGGCUUCUGGGCUCCUGCCUGGCGAGUCUGGUUGUUUUUCAUGAGAGGUAUUAUUCCUUUACUUGAAAGAUGGCUCGGUAACCUUCUAUCAAGACAAUUUGAAGGACGUCACAGCAAAGGUGUUGCGAAGACUGUUACCAAACAGCGAGUCGAGUCACACUUCGAUCUUGAGCUCCGAGCCUCCGUCAUGGCCGAUUUGAUGGAUAUGAUGCCUGAGGGCAUUCGACAGAACAAGGUCAAUACUGUUCUUCAGCAUUUGUCGGAAGCUUGGAGAUGCUGGAAGAGUAACAUUCCUUGGAAAGUUCCCGGCCUACCUGCACCUAUUGAAAACAUCAUUCUUCGAUAUGUGAAGAGCAAAGCUGAUUGGUGGAUCUCUGUGGCUCACUACAAUCGAGAACGCAUCAGAAGAGGCGCUACGGUUGACAAGACUGUAGCGAAAAAGAAUCUUGGUCGUCUGACAAGAUUGUGGUUGAAGUCGGAGCAAGAGAGGCAGCACAACUAUAUGAAAGAUGGCCCUUACGUGUCUUCUGAGGAGGCUGUUGCCAUUUACACCACAACAGUUCAUUGGCUUGAGUCUCGAAAGUUCUCGCCAAUUCCGUUCCCCAGUGUCUCGUACAAGCAUGACACCAAGAUUCUCAUUCUGGCCCUCGAACGAUUGCGAGAAGCAUAUUCCGUCAAAGGAAGGUUGAAUCAAAGCCAGAGAGAAGAGUUGGCUUUAAUUGAGCAAGCAUAUGAUUCUCCUGGUACCACAUUGGCACGCAUCAAGCGAUUUUUGCUCACUCAGAGAGCUUUCAAGGAAGUCGGCAUUGACAUGAACGACAACUACAGCUCUAUCAAUCCUGUCUAUGACAUCGAGCCUAUCGAGAAGAUUACAGAUGCAUAUCUCGAUCAGUAUCUUUGGUAUCAGGCAGAUACUAGACAUCUUUUCCCCUCUUGGGUGAAGCCGUCUGAUUCUGAGGUGCCUCCACUUCUGGUCUACAAAUGGGCCCAAGGAAUUAACAAUCUGACGAAUGUUUGGGAGACUGCAGAUGGCGAAUGCAAUGUCAUGAUCGAAACGCAACUAUCAAAGGUCUACGAGAAGAUUGAUUUGACACUUCUAAAUCGACUCCUUCGACUGAUAAUGGAUCACAAUUUGGCCGAUUACAUCACAUCAAAGAACAACGUUCAGCUGAAUUACAAGGACAUGAACCAUACAAACAGCUACGGUAUGAUUCGUGGUCUUCAAUUCUCAGGCUUUGUCUUCCAAUACUAUGGCUUGGUUAUUGACCUGCUUCUGCUCGGCCUACAACGCGCUAGCGAUCUUGCAGGACCCCCGCAAAGUCCGAAUGAUUUCUUGCAAUUCCGAGAUCGUGAGACGGAGACAAGACAUCCCAUCAGACUCUACACCAGAUAUAUUGAUAGAAUCUGGGUAUUUUUCAGAUUUACCGCAGAUGAAUCAAAGGAUCUGAUUCAACGAUUCCUAACCGAACAACCAGACCCGAACUUCGAAAAUGUCAUUGGUUACCGGAACAAGAAAUGCUGGCCUCGAGACUCGCGGAUGCGGCUGAUGAGACAUGAUGUUAACCUCGGUCGAGCCGUAUUCUGGGAUCUGAAGAACAGACUCCCUCGUUCAAUCACAACCAUCGAAUGGGAUGACACUUUUGCGAGUGUUUACUCGCGCGACAACCCCAACUUAUUGUUCUCCAUGUGUGGAUUCGAGGUUCGGAUCUUGCCCAAGAAUCGAACGAUGAACGAUGAAUUCCCAAUCAAGGACAGUGUUUGGGCUCUUGCGAAUAAUGAAACAAAGGAACGAACAGCAUUUGCAUUCUUGCAGGUCACAGAAGAAGACAUACAAAAAUUCAACAAUCGGAUCCGACAAAUAUUGAUGUCUUCUGGCUCCACAACAUUCACCAAGAUUGCCAAUAAAUGGAACACAACGUUGAUAGCUCUUUUCACAUACUAUCGUGAGGCUGCCGUAUCAACAGUUCACUUAUUGGACACCAUUGUCAAGUGCGAAACAAAAAUCCAAACUCGAGUCAAAAUUGGAUUGAACUCAAAGAUGCCUUCUCGAUUCCCGCCCGCGGUCUUCUACACCCCCAAAGAGCUUGGUGGUUUGGGAAUGAUCUCUGGUUCACACAUCUUGAUCCCAACUAGCGAUAAGCGCUGGUCGAAGCAGACAGAUACUGGCGUGACGCAUUAUCGUUCUGGAAUGACCCACGAUGAAGAAACUCUAAUUCCUAAUAUUUUCCGAUACAUCAUCCCUUGGGAAGCAGAAUUCAUUGACUCACAGAGGGUCUGGACGGAAUACUCCCAGAAGCGCUUGGAAGCCAACCAGCAGAACCGCAGAUUGACUCUCGAGGACCUUGAAGAUAGUUGGGACCGUGGUUUGCCUCGUAUCAACACCUUGUUCCAGAAAGACAGAAGUACUCUCAGCUUCGACAAAGGAUUCCGAGCCAGAACAGAAUUCAAGCAAUACCAACUCAUGAAGAGCAACCCCUUCUGGUGGACCAGUCAACGUCAUGAUGGCAAAUUGUGGAACCUGAAUGCUUAUCGAACCGAUGUGAUUCAAGCUCUAGGUGGAGUGGAAACCAUUCUCGAACACACCCUGUUCAAGGCGACGGCUUUUCCAUCAUGGGAGGGUCUGUUUUGGGAAAGAGCUAGCGGUUUCGAAGAAUCGAUGAAAUUUAAGAAGCUCACUAAUGCUCAGCGAUCUGGUCUUAACCAAAUUCCCAAUCGUCGAUUCACGCUGUGGGCGAACGUUUAUGUCGGUUUCCAAGUCCAGCUCGAUCUCACUGGUAUCUUCCUGCAUGGCAAAAUUCCAACGCUCAAGAUUUCUCUGAUUCAGAUUUUCCGAGCCCAUUUGUGGCAAAAGAUUCACGAGUCUGUCGUAAUGGAUCUUUGUCAAGUCUUUGACCAAGAACUUGAGCAGCUUGGUAUCGAGACAGUACAGAAGGAGACAAUCCAUCCUCGAAAGUCGUACAAGAUGAAUAGUUCUUGUGCAGACAUUCUCUUGUUUGCAAGCCAUAAGUGGAACGUCACUCGACCAUCACUCCUUUUCGAUACCAAGGACCAGAUUGAAGCAACAACCACAAACAAGUUCUGGAUCGAUGUUCAACUGCGGUAUGGUGACUAUGAUUCUCAUGAUAUUGAACGUUAUGUCAGAGCCAAAUUCUUGGACUACACAACCGAUAGUAUGAGUAUCUACCCCUCAGCCACCGGUCUCAUGAUUGGUAUUGAUUUGGCUUACAAUCUUUAUUCUGCCUAUGGCCAAUACUUCCCUGGGCUUAAAGCCCUCGUUCAACAAGCCAUGGCGAAGGUUAUGAAAGCCAACCCUGCACUGUAUGUUCUUCGCGAACGUAUCAGAAAAGGCCUCCAACUUUAUGCUUCUGAGAGUACGCAAGAGUUCCUGAACUCACAGAAUUAUUCCGAGCUGUUCAGCAAUGUCACACAAUUGUUCAUCGAUGAUACCAACGUCUAUCGGGUUACGAUUCACAAGACAUUCGAAGGCAAUCUAACCACGAAGCCUAUCAACGGAGCAAUCUUCAUAUUCAACCCAAAGACUGGUCAACUCUUCCUCAAGAUUAUUCACACAAGUGUGUGGGCUGGUCAGAAACGUCUUGGUCAGUUGGCAAAAUGGAAAACAGCUGAAGAAGUCGCUGCUCUUAUCAGAUCUUUGCCUGUUGAAGAACAGCCCAAACAGCUGAUCGUGACGCGCAAGGGUCUGCUGGAUCCCUUGGAAGUUCAUUUACUCGACUUUCCCAACAUCUCAAUCCGAGCCUCAGAGCUUCAACUGCCCUUCCAAGCAGCCAUGAAAGUCGAGAAGCUCGCAGAUAUGAUUCUUCAGGCAAAGGAACCGCAGAUGGUACUGUUCAAUCUGUACGACGAGUGGUUGAAGAGUAUCUCAUCAUACACUGCAUUCUCCAGACUUGUUCUAAUCUUGCGCGCGCUUCAUGUCAACAACGAUAAAACCAAGCUUCUACUACGCCCCGACAAGACAGUGAUCACCCAAGCUCAUCACAUUUGGCCUAGUCUAUCCGAUGAGGAUUGGAUCAAGGUUGAAGUUCAACUCCGAGAUCUUAUCCUGAACGACUACGGAAAGAAGAACAAUGUCAAUGUUCAAUCACUCACGAACAGCGAAAUCAGAGACAUCAUCUUGGGUAUGGAAAUUUCUGCACCAUCAAUGCAACGACAACAAGCUGCAGAAAUUGAGAAGCAACAAGAAGAGCAACAACAACUUACUGCGGUGACAACCAAAACUCAGAAUGUCAGAGGGGAAGAGAUCAUUGUAACCACCACCUCGCAAUAUGAACAGCAGUCAUUCGCAUCCAAGACGGAAUGGAGAACUCGUGCUAUUGCAACCUCAAAUCUCCGCACCCGAGCGAAUAACAUCUACAUUUCGAGUGAUGAUGUUCAGGAGGCUGACGAUUCUUACACCUACAUUCUACCCAAGAACAUCCUGAAGAAGUUUAUUACGAUUGCCGAUCUCCGUGUGCAAACGGCUGGCUACCUGUAUGGAUCAUCUCCACCGGACAAUGACCAAGUCAAGGAGAUCCGAACCAUCGUCAUGGUCCCGCAAGUGGGAAGUACUCGUGAAGUCCAGCUUCCGCACCAACUUCCACAACAUGAAUACCUCAAGUCAAUGGAGCCCCUCGGUAUUAUCCACACCGCUGCAGGCAACGAGACAAGCUACAUGCCCGCAUCCGACGUCACGAUGCAUUCCAAAUUGAUGGCACAGCACCCAUCAUGGGACAAGAAGACCAUCACAUUAGCAGUCUCAUUCACACCAGGCUCCGUCUCCCUAUCAUCCUGGUCACUGACUCCUGAAGGAUACACCUGGGGAGCAUCCAACAAGGACACACAAUCCGACAACCCAGCUGGAUUCUCAACUGCCUUUGGCGUCAAAACUCAACUUCUCUUGUCUGACAAGAUCCGUGGCUACUUCUUGGUCCCUGAAACAGAUACCUGGAACUACAGUUUUAUGGGCGCCAGUUUCUCCUCGGUGGAGAAGCGACCUAUCUAUGUCAAGAUCGACACUCCUCGUCGCUUCUACGAUGAUCUUCAUCGUCCCGUGCAUUUCAGCAGCUUUAAUGAGUUGGAGGAUAUUUGGGCUGACAGGGAGGAUGCCUUUGCUUGA